GUCAAAUCUGACGAUUGAACGUGGCUGGCAUUCGCUAAUCUGUAUAUUAUUUCUGUACUUUUAUUUAUCAGCAAUCAAUGACAAAUCUGUGCAAUUAGGGAGAAUCUGUGAUAUGAUAUGAAAUACAUGUAUCUAUUUCCAAGUCAACAAACUCCUGUCGCAACCAAAACUCUAAAAAAUGGCUUUAAAAAAGGUAAAAGGAAAUUUAGAGCGAAUGUUUGAUAAAAACUUAACCGACUUGGUAAGGGGGAUAAGGAACAACAAGGAAAAUGAGGCCAAAUAUAUUUCUGAAUGUAUGGAAGAUAUCAAGCAAGAACUCAGACAGGACAAUUUGUCAGUCAAGAGUAAUGCGAUUGCUAAGCUUACAUAUUUACAAAUGUUGGGCUAUGAUAUAUCAUGGGCUGGCUUUAACAUAAUAGAAGUGAUGAGUUCAAGUAAAUUUACCUUAAAAAGAAUCGGGUACCUUGCUGCCAGCCAGUCAUUUCAUUGUGAUUCAGAGUUAUUAAUGCUAACCACAAAUAUGAUAAGGAAAGAACUGAACUCACAGAAUCAGUAUGAAGCUGGUCUUGCACUGACAUCUCUCAGUUGUUAUAUAAGUACUGAUUUAGCCAGAGAUUUAUCAAAUGAUAUCCUAACAUUGCUCAGUUCAACUAAACCUUACAUAAGAAAAAAAGCUGUAUUAAUGAUGUAUAAAGUAUUUUUAAAGUAUCCAGAUGCCUUGAGGCCUGCCUUUCCUAGGUUAAAGGAAAAAUUAGAAGACCCAGAUCCAGGUGUUCAGUCAGCAGCAGUUAAUGUUGUUUGUGAACUAGCUAGAAAAAAUCCGAAAAACUAUUUGAGUCUUGCUCCAGUCUUCUUUAAACUAAUGACAACAAGUACAAAUAACUGGAUGCUAAUCAAAAUUAUUAAACUGUUUGGUGCCCUUACUCCCUUAGAACCUAGGCUAGGUAAAAAAUUAAUCGAACCUCUUACAAAUCUUAUACACAGUACGUCUGCAAUGAGUCUGCUUUACGAAUGCAUAAACACUGUCAUAGCUGUCCUGAUUAGUAUUUCAUCUGGUAUGCCGAACCACGCAGCCAGCAUACAACUUUGCGUCCAAAAACUGAGGAUUCUAAUAGAAGAUUCAGAUCAAAACUUGAAAUAUUUAGGAUUACUUGCCAUGUCGAAGAUAUUAAAGACUCAUCCUAAAAGUGUACAGUCUCACAAGGAUUUAAUUCUACAGUGUCUCGAAGAUAAGGAUGAAUCGAUACGACUGAGGGCCUUAGAUUUACUAUAUGGAAUGGUUUCGAAGAAGAAUCUAAUGGAAAUUGUUAAAAAACUAAUGGUUCACAUGGACAAAGCCGAAGGAACCGUUUAUCGAGACGAACUGCUUAGUAAAAUUAUUCUAAUUUGUUCUCAAAAUAAUUAUCAAUUUAUUACUAAUUUUGAAUGGUACGUCACUGUUUUAGUGGAAUUAGCCCAAAUGGAAUUCGGAUCAAAACAAGGUCAUGUCAUAGGAGCCCAACUUAUGGAUGUAUGUAUAAGGGUUCAAGCCAUACGAGCUUUUACAGUUGCAGAAAUGGCGCAGAUUUUAGACGUUUAUACCUCAACAUCACAGUUUACUAUUAUGCAAGAAGUUCUGUACGCUGCAGCGUGGUUAUGUGGAGAAUUUGUCAGUGAAUUAAAGGAUCCCGAACAAACUCUAAAAGCAAUGGUCAAAUACAAAAUACUCCCGCAACAUAUCGAAUCGGUUUUUAUACAAAAUAUUCUCAAGGUGUUCACUUUUGUUAUCAGAAAGUACGAAACGGAGGAACAGUACGACGAAAUUCAAAGGGUUUGCGAUCUGGUGAUAGAUAAAUUAAGUGACAGUAUCAAAUCUGCCGAACUGGAAGUCCAAGAGAGGGCGAGUACGUCCCUCAUGAUCAUUAAGAUUGUUCGGGAGGAAUGUGAAUCAAGGAAAGCAACAGGUAAUUCAAAACUUAUGGACAAUGAAGAUGUUGAGGGUAAAACCGAAAACACGUUGCUAAUAGCGGACGAACUGGAAAGUUUGUUUAGUGGUGAACUGAAUCCAGUUGCGCCGAAAGCACAGAGGAAAGUGCCUGUACCAGAUGGUUUAGAUUUAGAUGCCUGGAUCAACGAACCUGUAGACGAAUCGGAAUCGGACAGUGAGCCUGAAAUGGUAGAAAAUCUAUUUGUAAAAUCAGAAAGAACUAGGCCAUCUUACCAACCGGAGCCUACGGAAGAGGAAAUGAAAAAGAGUCGCGAAGCUAGAAAAUACGAACAACAAAACAAUCCUCACUAUUUAAAGAGUAAUGAUUCCAUCGAACGCAACGGAAACAGUAAUGGUAAUGAACAUUUCGAAAGUAUACCCAUUGCCGAAUUAAAUCUCAAUGUUCCGCUGAAGAUGAUAGGCCAGAAACGGUCUGAUAAGUACCUUAAGGUUAGCAAAACGUCCAAAAAGAAGAAGACUAGUCGGAAGAAGAAACACAAGUCUGAAAGUUCCUCUGAUGAAGAAGUUAAUCAUGGUCCUGUGAUAGAAGUAAAGAGAGAUAUGGAGCUUCCAGAAGGAGCCACAAUUUCUGAGAAUGAAAGUGAUCAUUCUCAUAAAGACGAUCCUCAUCGAGCCCUGGAUAUAGACUUAAACUUGCCAACUUAUGAUUCUUCGGCGAAACCAGAACACCCUAAAAAACAAUUGAAAGAAAAGAAGGAAAAGAAACAUUCCAAGAAAAAGUUGGAUAAAGAGAAAUCUAGUAAAGACAAUAACGAAAAACGUACUAAAGAAAAUUGUAAUAGUGUUAAAGUAGUUAAGGAAAAAUCUAGUAAAAAGAAAAAUGGUAGGCAUAAAGAAAAAACGGAGCAUGUAGCUAAAGAAGCGAAUUUAUUAGGUUUAGACGACGUCGCAGUAGAAGCAGUAGGAGGUGAGACGGAUGUUAAAGAGAUUAAAAAGGAAAAGAAGAAAAAGAAGUCCAAAACUCCAAAAGAAACAGCCAAGGAAAAAGAAGAAAAGGAGGAAUUGCGAAAGAGUUACAGCGAUUUCAACGCCCAGUAAGGAAUCCCAAUAAAUUUUUAUAUAAAUAUUUUAUUUAUUGUUAUAAGUUUGUUGAAAUACUCUUUCUCUCUAAUAAACAAAAAAGAGUGCAGGUUAUUGUUAUUAUUGUUUAACAACACGGAAGAUGAGGUCGGUUAAAGUUAAACCAACCAGUUCUGAAGUGAAUUUAAUUCAAAGUAUUUAUCGUAAAGUUGGUACAAGUUAAGAACACCAAAGAAAUUUGAAAUUUCAUAGUUUUAUAGACAGAUUUUACCUCACUAUCUCUCUCACUCUAUCUCGCUUCUCUUACUGUCGGUUAAUUUUUUAGCAUUUGAAUCUCGUACAUUCUGCAAUGAUUUUUCUCUAUUUAUCUGAUUGUUCGUUUCAGUAAAUCAUCCUUGAUUUCCCAACAUUAAAUGAAUAUCGUCUUUGAUCAAUAUGGAGCACAAUUACCCGUUGACUUUUAUACCACGCUCAGAGCCUUCAAGUUCCUGUGAAAAACAUUCUCUCCAUAGAGUUUGAACAACACAGGCGACAAAAUACACCAAUGUCGUACCCCUCUUAAAAUUUGAAAUUCCUCUGUGUUGCCUGACUUGAUCCGUCUCACUCGUGCUUUUUGUUUCAAAUUUUUUUAUGGAUAACUCUUAUAUUUUUUUCGUCAAUGUUAGCGUUUUGUAGCAUUUUUAUCAUAAUCAAGGAUUGUGAUAAGUAGGUAUUCGCGGUGUGCAAGUACUUGGAAGGGAUACGCGAAACGAUUGUGCGCGAAUAGCGGAGAAAUAUUGCAACUUUCUUAAAUAAUUCAUAUUGUCAACUGAAAUUGUCAAAUUGACGUACAUUUCAUACUUAUUGUCAUUUAAGAAGGCAAAUUAUAUAUUGCUUCACAAUAUUGAUAUGAUAUGCAAUUAUUAUAUAAAGGUAAAUUUAAUUAAUUGUAUUUUGCUUGCAAUACUGCAUUUUAAUAACUAAUUUUAUUUACUACAUACAAUUGUUUAAGUUUGAAUAACACAACCUAAAUCUUAUUUUUUCUUCUUAUUAUUUUUUUUGGACUAUGGCCUUGACAAUUAUCCAGUAACCAGGACCAUAUGAUUGGCCAAUAUAAUUAAAAGUGCGAAUAAAAGUUCAGAGCGUAGAAAUAGGUGUCGCUUUUCCGAACUUGCACGGUCCCAAUAUCCUUUCAUUGGCCCAUCUAAGAUUUUAAAGGCGCAUUCAAGCAGAAAACUGCUUCACGUGUACCCAUUCCGCUCUUGAAACCAAAUUGUGUCUCGCCGUUUAGCUCUUCCGGUUUUCUGAACAUUCUUGUAUGGAGGAUGCAAAGGAAUCCUUUAAGCAGAUAGCUCGUAAAGCUGAUCAAUUAGUGCCGUUCUUUGUGACUUAAAGAUCAUUAUAAAUGUUAAAUAAAGCCAAUCCAUUAGAAUAUGGCCGGUGUUGCGUUGAGAAUUGUUACCAACAUGUCGAUGUUGCCAUCUUUCAAUAGUUUAUGGCCUCGGUAGUAAUUUCAUCCAGCCCAGCCUUGCUGCUUUUAUAGCAUACUCCACCUCGGCACGAAUAAAGGGAAGACGGAUAAAGUUUCCGCGGCUAAGAUACUAGUUAAGAGAUUCGGUCUAUUAUCCUUUUAGAGGGACGAAGCAUAGUCUGUCCAGAUUGUAGGUAGUUCUUCCUGGGUAUGUACGUUGUCUCCUUGAUCAUUCUUCAAGCGAAUGUCAUGGUGUUAGCGAAAUCUUAUUCGGCAUCAAUCACAGUUCUAAUCAUACCUGUUUAUUAGUAAUUAUCAUCUUCAAUAUAUACAUAUAUUUUACGUCGAUAGAAAUAACUAGACUAAAAAUGCACACUUUUGUUUAAUCGUUAAAGGCAAUCAAUUAUUUUAAUUUUUUUUUUAUUUCUGAAAUUUCUCUAUCUGCAUUCCACUAUCUCUCUAUCCCGCUCUUUCUCCCUAUUUUUCUUUUAUAUCUACCACUCUUACCCCUAAAUCUCCUAUCUCUCUAAGCCUUCCUUUGUCUAUCCAUUUCUCCCUCUUCUCUAUUUCCCUACCUCCUUUUUUCUCGCAAUAGAUUAGUCAAUAAUACCUCUACCUAAUAAUACCUAAACUCUACCUUUAAGUUUUACUAAUUUAUAUUUAAAAUUAUAGUAUAGUUAAUUUAUUCUGCUUUGUGGUUGAAGGUGUUACAUGUUAAAGAAAUACGUGGUUCUAUCAUUUUAGAACUGGUUGGUAAGAUGUGCAAUGACGUAAGGUUAAAAAUACUAUUAAGAAGUUAACUUCGGUCAGGUUUUCGAUCUGUAACAACUACUCGCUUCUUGUUGAUCUUGGAAAUUAUGUAUUUAUCUUAAAUAAACGAAAGACUUAUUAAUAAUAACAAUAUUAUAAAUUGCUUUGUAAUCCCUAUAGUUUAUUUUAAAAGAUGUAUAUUGUAAAAUGAAUCAAUGAAUUAUAUUGUUUAAUAUAAA